GCUGUCAUUCAUGCAAGGAUCAAUGAGCAUACAUUCUGGCAUUCGGGGGAUUUUCUGGAAAGCAGUCUCCUGUAGGCCGCUGUACAGGCCCCCGCAGCUGAUCAUAUUAUUUCAGCUGGUGUGCUGCACUCACCUUCAGUAGUGCGCUCCACUAUGGACCACAAAAGGGAGGACUGGCAAAGGACAACAAAGGAAAGGAAGACCUACAUGCUGCAGAAUGACGGAUGACAGGAGACCUAUGCUCCACAUCCUCGAGGAGCCGCAGAUGCGACGAGAAGGAGAGAGGCUUCGAACUUUUCAGGACUGGCCAGCAGAUGCACCUGUCACAUCUGGAGACCUGGCCAGGGCAGGCUUCUUCUUUCUAGGCCCCGGGGAUAAAGUUCAGUGUUUCUGCUGUGGAGGGAUUUUAAGAUGCUGGGUACACGGAGACAGUCCAGCUGCUGAGCAUAAGAGGCACUUUCCCACUUGCUGCUUCAUACUGGGUCGAACUGUGGGAAAUGUUCCUCUCCAAGUUGGCUCCUCGGACUCUGUGGACGGCCAGCUGCUGAGUCAGCUCCAGAGGAUGACUAUGGAUGACCAGGGAACAGCUGGACAAGCUGUCUACCCGGAGAUGGAAGCAGAGGAUUCCCGGCUCACCACUUUCCACAACUGGCCCACCGAGGCCUCGGUCCAGCCAGAUGUUCUUGCCAGAGCAGGAUUUUUCUACACAGGUCAUGGUGACAACGUCAAAUGCUUCUACUGUGAUGGAGGACUGAGGAACUGGGAGCCAGGUGACGACCCCUGGCAGGAACAUGCCAAAUGGUUUCCACGAUGUGAGUUCUUAAUCCAGUCGAGAGGACAGGACUAUAUCAGCAACAUACAGGAUGCUCAUUUCCAUCUGGGUGAGACUGUGGGAGGAUCACAGACUUCCACAGGCAGAGAUAUUGGCUCCAGAAAUGAUAUGGUCGGAGGUCUGGGGGCGUCAUCAGCCAUGCUUUCUCCGGUGGUGCAGACUGUGUUGCAGAUGGGCUUUGAAGCCAGCCUAGUGGAGAGUCUGGUCCAGACCAAGUACCUUUUGACAGGCCAGCAUUACACAUCUGUAUCCGACCUGGUUACUGAUGUACUGCAGGCAGAGGAGGAGGACAGACAAAGAGGACCACAAAGCAGAGAGUCAGACGUGAGGCAGGGCUCCAGUGCAGGAAAUGUGAGGACACAGACACCCAUCAGAGAGAAAGUGAAAGACCCGAAUCCAGAGGAGCUGCUGAGGCAGCUGCAGGAGGAGAGGACCUGUAAAGUGUGCAUGGACAAGCUGGUGUCUAUUGUCUUCAUCCCCUGUGGUCAUCUGGUGGUUUGUGGCGAUUGUGCUGCCAGCCUGCGUCACUGCCCCAUCUGCAGAGCUGUCAUCAGAGGCAGUGUUCGAGCUUUCAUGUCCUGAGGCUGUAGUGAAAAGCCACCAUUAUACAGGUGUUGCAUGAGUGGCCUUGAGUUAUCCGCUGCACUCGGUUUUCUCUUGUACUGAUGAAAAUAAAGAGUGCUGGUUGGUUGUUUUGUCAGAGUGUACAGAUUAUUUUCUACAAUAAAUAUUUUAAGCUGC